AUGGGCAAGCUGUUCCGACCGCGCCUGACUCGAUUUUUCUCUGAACUAAUGCGACUCUUACUGCUAUUGCUAAUUCCGAUCGCGUUGACCGCCGGUGACAACAAUUAUGUGAAGGGACCAGUGGGUACCCUAUAUAGAUGGAAACAGAUUGAUUUCCAAUACCCCAGCGAACAAGAACGUCUAAAUGCGAUAGCAAAUGGACAAUUCAAGCAAUCAAGCGUAAUUCCUCUCGGAAUCGAACGAUGGAAAGACAGAGUUUUUGUGAGUACACCGAGAUGGAAAAGGGGAGUGCCCGCGACGCUAUCAGCGUUGCCGACCAUUGCUGAGGAAGAAUCACCACCGCUAGUACCCUACCCUAAUUGGGAUUGGCAUAAUGCAGGGAACUGUACUGGAUUCACUUCGGUAUUUCGCAUGAGCGUGGACCACUGCGGUGUGAUGUGGGUGCUGGACUCCGGACAGAUAGAGGCCUUCGAGACUCCACAACAAAUAUGCCCCCCAACUUUGUUUGCUAUUGACCUAGAAACUGAUACAGUCCUCGCAAAGUACCCAAUACCGAACGAAUUUGUACUCCAAAACUCACUUAUUACGAAUAUCUUGGUAGACUCAAGGGACGCCCGUUGUAGAGAUCUGCAUGUAUACAUCGCCGACGCAUGGCGAUUUGGGCUUAUUGUGUUUAGGAACUCCGACGCAGCGUUUUGGAGAUUUAGUCAUUACACGUUUUAUCCAGAACCAUUGCUGUCAAACUACACAUUACACGGGGUGAAUUACCAGUGGUCCGACGGGUUGUUUGGAAUGUCUUUGGGAAAAUUGCAGCAUGGAGACCGGCCUCUUUACUACCACGCCAUGUCCAGCUCCUUAGAGUUUGUCGUCAACACCUCCGUGAUACGAGAUCCCAAUCGCGUGGACAACGCAGUGUCCGAAUUUAAACUACUGGGUAAGCGGCAAGGACUAAACAGCCAGGUGUCUGCCGCAGCGGUCGACCGUAAUGGUAUCAUGUUCUUCAACCUAAUUUCUCGUGACAGUAUCGGAUGUUGGAAUACGAAUACAGAGUAUAGAGCAAGCAACCGGGAUGUCGUGGCCAAAAGCAAUGUUUCACUGGUCUUUCCAAAUGACCUACGGAUAGAUCACGAGGUACCACAAUUCGUUUGGAUGAUUACAAACAAACUGCCAAUGUACCAAUUUAAUUUAAUCAAUCCAAACGAGUACAACUAUCGUGUACUUUCUUUAGAUCCAGUGAGAGCUAUUCAGAAUACUGUCUGCCAACGGCAGUUU